AUCUUGCUCUUAAGAGUUGAUUAUAGUACUUAUCAGUUACUGUGGUGGAUGUAUAAUAACUGUCAUACUAUGAGUUUUUUUUUUUAACUAAAUAAAAAAGCAUAGUAAUCAAGGACAGUCACUUUAGUAUACGGUAAGUGUUGAUACAAAAACUUCCAACUUGCACUGCAGUAACUGAUGUUUAACUGAGUGAAAUGGUACACUCUUACAUGGAACUUGAGCACCCAACAAAUGUAUGGAUUGUCAUAUGCUUCACUUACUGUCACUUGGAAGUGCUAGUUGUAUGUAAAAUGGUGAAGCAAGUGUUUGGAAACCUGUGGAGUGGCUACCUUUUUUAAACUGCUGGUUAGUGAAACUAUAGAAGGAAUAUAAUGCAUUUGGUCAAACAGACUUUCUGGACAGAAGUCUUAAGGAUUCUACCUACAGUGGACUAGAAAGGACAUGGGACACCAUCACUUCACACAGGAUGCAAAAAACAAUACGGAAGCUACAGGAUAAAACUACAGACUCCUUGUUUACGAGGGACCCUACGGCUGAAGCAUCUCUUCUGUGCAAAUCCAAGAAUACUGCUGGAGACGCCGAUGUGGGACUGAGAAUGGGAAAUCCUUACAGUGGAUGAAGAUGGAACCAUUUUUCUACGAACUCUGGAUUAAAGAUCACUCUUCGUUUUUCUGCAGCAGCCUUGUAUCAAUGACUUGACUGACAAACAACUGGAAAAAGGAAAAGCCAAGUAGAACACCAACCCGGAAGACUGAAAUACUCCAAGACUGUACCUCUUUUGGAUUUGGGAAGCUCAGAAGUUCUAAGACCAAGAAGACUCAAAACAGAUUAAGUCCAACUGUGAGCAUCUGAAGCAACGAUUUCCUUAUGGCACACUAAAGCCUAAACUGGAAAAUGGAUACUUUUUCUGAAGAACGGGUGUCUACAGGAUGGAACCAUAUUCUGACCCCUAAUGUUUUGGUAUUUGUCUCUAGAAAAUGUGUUUUGCCAUGAAGAAUAAGUGAUCCUGGGUAGAGGAUUUAUAUAUGUGUUAAUACACCUUGUGUUUUUUCUAACCUUCCAUCAGUGCUAAUAACUGGCUUUGUAUUUUCUAGGUCCUAUUCUAGCUUAUGCAUAUGAAAUUGUUUAAACUUCUUGUUUUGCCAUAUUUAUUCCUGUUAAAUCCUCUUAGAUAAAGCAGGUUCUGGUGAUGGUACACAAGAAGUAUCUAAACCUCUUCCUUCAGAAGAAAGCCUAGCUGAGGCUGAUCACACGGCUCAUGAAGAGAUGGAAGCUAACGCCUCUGUGAAAGAAGCUGAGGAUGAUAACAUAUCGGUUACAAUCCAGGCUGAAGAUGCCAUCACUCUGGAUUUUGAUGGUGAUGACCUCCUAGAAACAGGUAAAAAUGUGAAAAUUACAGAUUCCGAAGCAAGUAAGCCAAAAGAUGGGCAGGACAUCAUUUCACAGAGCCUGGAGAAGGAAAGCAAGGACUAUGAGAUGACUGAGAACCAUAAAGAUGGUAAGAAGGAAGACUGCGUGAAGGGUGAUCCUGUCAAGAAGGAAGCCAGAGAAGGUUCAAAGAAAGCAGAAUCUGGAGACAAAGAAAAGGAUACUUUGAAGAAAGGUCCCUCGUCUACUGGGGCCUCUGGUCAAGCAAAGAGUUCUACUAAGGAGUCUAAAGAAAGCAAGACAACAUCAAAGGAUGAUAAAGGAAGUGCAAGCAGUGUUAGUAGUAGCAGUGGAAGCUCGACGAGAAACCUGUGGGUGAGCGGACUCUCUUCCAACACAAAAGCUGCUGACUUGAAAAAUCUCUUUGGCAAAUAUGGAAAGGUACUUGGUGCAAAGGUGGUUACAAAUGCACGAAGCCCGGGGGCAAAAUGUUAUGGCAUAGUAACUAUGUCUUCUAGUACAGAAGUGGCUAGAUGUAUAGCACACCUUCAUCGAACAGAGCUGCAUGGACAACAAAUUUCUGUUGAGAAAGUGAAAGGCGAUCCUUCCAAAAAGGAGUUGAAGAAAGAAAGUGAUGAGAAAUCUAGUUCGGGUAGAAACAUGGGAGAUAAGAAGACUGCAUCAAGUGAUAAAACCAGCAAAACUCCAUCAACCAAAAAAGAAGAAAAGAAAUCUGAGAAAUCUGAAAAAAAAGAAAGUAAAGAAGCCAAGAAAACAGAAGGUAAAGAUGAGAAGAGUGAUAAUGGAUCAAGUGGCCCUAAUCAAGAAUCCACUAAAAAAAAUGAAGAAAAGAAAAGAAUAAGUAGUAAAAGCCCAGGUCAAGUUGUAGUCCUAGAUCAAACAAAAGGAGACCAAGGCCACACGAGGACAGUUAGAAGGGGAAGGUUUGAUAAACCACAGAUAUUGAGGAACAAAGAGCGUAUUAUUCAAGAUAAAGUGAAAUUCAGGGAAUACAGGGGUAGAAAGGAUAUCUUGCCUUUUGAAAAGAUGAAGGAACAGAGAUUGCGAGAACACAUGGUUCGAUUGGAAAGAAUACGACGAGCUGUUGAACUGCGAAGGCGAAGAGAAAUCGCUUUGCGUCGUGAGAGAGAACGCAUACGAAUAAUGCAUGAACGAGAAGAAUGUUUGCAGAGGGAAAGGGAACGAUUAGAAAUUGAAAGACAAAAACUAGAGAGGGAAAGAAUGGAACGGGAACGGUUGGAAAGAGAGCGUGUUCGUAUCGAACAGGAACGCCGAAAAGAAGCAGAACGUAUUGCUCGUGAAAGGGAAGAAUUGCGUCGGCAACAGCAGCAACUUCGUUAUGAACAGGAAAAAAGGAAUUCUUUGAAACGUCCACGUGAUAUAGAUCACAGGAGAGAUGAUCCUUACUGGAAUGAGAAUAAGAAGAUGGCUCUUGAUACAGAUGCACGUUUUAGUCAUGGUUCAGAUUAUAGUCGCCAGCAGAAUAGGUUUAAUGAUUUUGAUCACAGAGAAAGGGGACGAUAUCCAGAGGGUUCUUCUGUUCCAUCAUCCUCUUUUGAUAGGCGAGAACGUUUUAUAAAUCAAGGUGAAGCAAAAAAGACUCGCCCAACAGCACGAAGAGAAGAGCCAGGGUUUGAGAGAUAUCCAAAGAACUUCAGUGAGUCCAGAAGAAAUGAACCACCACAGCCAAGAAGUGAACUUAGAGAUACGGACAGGCGGGAAGUGCGAGACAGAGAUGAAAGAAGAACAGUGAUAAUUCAUGAGCGACCUGAAAUACCCCAUGGUCGGCAUCCAAGAGAGACUGGUUCAAAUCCGCCUAGGCAAACAAGUUGGAAGAGUGAAGGAAGCAUAAGCACAGACAAACGGGAUGGCAGUAAUUUUUACAGAGGAGAGAGACCAGAACGCUCGGGAAGGGACGUGUCGGGGCACGUGCGAGGUGCUCCUCCUGGCAGCCGUAGCAGCGCCUCUGGGUAUGGAAGCAGGGAAGGAGAACGAGGUGUGAUGGGAGAAAGAGGCGGACAACACUAUAAUGAAGACAGACAUGUUGUUGAACGCCAUAGUCGUGAAACUGGACCAAGAAAAGAGUGGCAUGGACCUAGUUCUCAAGGAAGUGGGUAUCAUGACACAAGGAGAAUGGGAGAUGGCCGUGGAGGAGGUGGCAUGAUGUCUCCACAUACAAGUAACUCUUCACCAAUUAAUAGAGUUGUACAGAUCACAGGCAAUUCCAUGCAGAGGGGAAGUGGCUCAGGAUUUAAGCCGUUUAAAGGUGGACCUCCACGAAGAUUCUAAGAUCUGCAACUGCUUGGUUUCAAGAUAACUUAUUGAAAUCUCUUGUAAACUUUCUCUGAUUAAAAACAGGAAAUCUUGUCUAGAAAUCCUGGUUAAUUUUUUUUUUAAUUUAACAUGAUUACUUUUCCUCUCAAUUUUGGAGGCAUUUUAAUAGUUGCGUUGUAAUUUUGGAUAGUUUUUGUGUAUCUUUGAUAAGCAUUUUCCCUGAGGCACUAGAGCUGUGUAAAACAAAUUGGAACCAAAAUAUUUGUUAAUCUUGUAUAAAAGAAUAGUUUGCAGCUGUGUGCUAGUAGUUUAAUUUACCAACAUUAGCUCUGUGGUGUCAUGCUUUAAAGUUAGCUACUUACCACAACAUACACAACUAUAACCUCCAUUUUGAAGGUUGUCCAGGCUCUUCUCUGCUUUCUAAUUUGUAGAGAAAUAAGAUUGUUCUUGCAUUACUGGGUAUUAUGUAACCUAUUUUUGCAGAAGGUACUGUUACAUUUGAGUGCAUUUAUGUGUAUUCUUGCAAAUGUAUUCUUUUGAAAUAAACCUUCAUAUUCUGUAUA